UCGCCGCCCACUGUGCACGAAAGGAAUUACCUCUACUUUUCAUGCAGGCAUUUAACCGAACAAGACGGAGGCGAUCGGCCGAGCGAGAAGAAGAGGAAGAAGGGGUCAAUGUCUGCACGAUUUCUCCUCUUCAAGCUCUCUCAAUAUCGCAGAACCCUGCCAACUCUUCCUGCUAUCCUCUUCUUCCGAUCCCCGCUGGGCGCUCUCCUUCAUUGCUCUCCGCCUCUUCCUCUUCUCCCUGCCUCAGAUCGCCUUUGUGACUGCCCCGUCCGAUCCCUCGUGUCCUCCGCUGCCUCGGCUUCCGGCGGAGAACGGACUGAGAAAUCCGGGAGAAGCGACGGAACCCCACCCCCGCCGUCCAAUGUAGGGGGAGAUUACCCGACGGGGGAAUUCGAGAUGAAGGAGGUCGGAUGGUGGAAGAGGUUGGGCGUCCAGUUGAGGUUGUUCUUCGCUCUCCCUUGGGAGCGGAUCGAAAAGGGAAGCGUGCUCAAGAUGCAACUUCGCGGAAAGAUAUCUGAUCAGUUAUGGACACGCUUCUCCUCGGGACUAUCUCUGCCACAAAUAUGCGACUGUUUUUUAAAAGCAGCUUAUGACCCUCGUAUAUCUGGUAUUUAUCUUCAUAUAGAACCACUUGAUUGUGGAUGGGGGAAACUAGAUGAAAUACGAAGGCAUAUACUGAACUUCAAAAAAUCAGGUAAAUUCAUUGUGAGUUAUGUACCUGUGUGCCGAGAGAAGGAGUAUUACAUUGCAUGUGCUUGUGGAGAGUUAUAUGUUCCUCCAAGUGCUUAUGUUGGAUUAUAUGGUUUGGCACUUCAAACAACAUUUGUUGGUGGUGUACUAGAAAAAGCAGGUAUUGAUCCAGAAGUUCAUAGAAUUGGCCCAUACAAGAGUGUGGGAGAGCAGCUCACUCACAAAAGCAUGUCUAAAGAAGUUCGUGAAAUGUUCAGUUCUCUGCUUGAUAGAAUUUAUGAAAAUUGGCUUGAAACAAUAUCUUUGAGUCAAGGAAAGAGAAGGGAAGAAAUUGAGAACUUUCUUAAUUCUGGAGUUUAUCAAGUUGAAAAACUUAAAGAAGAAGGUUGGAUAACGAACAUAAUGUAUGAUGAUGAGGUCUUGUCAAUGCUAAAGGAGAGAUUGGGCCAAAAGCAUAAGAAAAAGCUUCUUUUGGUGGGCUAUAGCAAAUACGUGAGAGUAAGAAAAUCAACUCUUGGUUUAGAUGGCGGUAAAGAGGCAAUCGCCAUAAUCAGAGCUUCUGGGGCCAUUACCCGUACUAGAAACCCUUUCAGUUUUGCUAGUUCUGGCAUCAUUGCUGAACAACUAAUUGAGAAGAUUCGCAGUGUUAGAGAGUCAAAUAAGUUCAAAGCUGUUAUUUUAAGAAUUGACAGCCCUGGUGGUGAUGCUCUUGCUUCUGAUCUAAUUUGGAGGGAGAUCAAGCUACUUGCUGCUUCUAAACCUGUGAUUGCAUCAAUGUCUGAUGUUGCAGCAAGUGGAGGAUACUACAUGGCUAUGGCAGCAGGAACCAUCUUAGCUGAGAAUCUCACUUUAACCGCUUCAAUUGGAGUUGUCAAAGGGAGGUUUAGUUUACACAAACUGUAUGGAAGGAUUGACUUGAACAAGGAGAUUCUGUCUAGGGGUCAUUAUGCGGAGCUUAAUGUUGCUGAUCAGCGUCCUCUUAGACCAGAUGAAGCAGAACUCUUUGCAAAGUCCACGCAGUAUGCUUACAAGCAAUUCCGUGACAAAGCUGCUUCAUCACGAUCAAUGACCAUAGAUCAGAUGGAGGAGGUUGCACAAGGUAGGGUAUGGACAGGCAAAGAUGCAGCUCCUCGAGGAUUGGUCGAUGCUAUUGGUGGAUUCUCACGAGCAAUUGCCAUUGCAAAAUUCAAAGCUAACAUUGAUCCUGAUAGUGAGGUUAGAUUAGUUGAAGUGUCAAGGCCUUCACCGACAUUAACAGAAAGAUUCAGCGCCAUAAAAAAUUCUCUGUUUGGGCUGGACAUAGCAGUGAAUGAAGUAUUGCAGAAUCUGAGGAACUCUGGCGAGGUUCAAGCACGAAUGGAUGACGUUUUGCUUGAUUUAACAGAUAGCACAGCAGAAGCUAAACGCCUACCACACCUGAUAAAGGAUUGUUUUGGCUAAUUAUAUUCUGGAUCUUCCACAAGUGCUCAAGUUGUGGAGGCACGAGCAUAUCAGGUUCGAAAACUAUGAUUUCAUACAUAUGCUAUAGGUCAACAUUGUGGAGGAAAUAAAGAUUAUUCACAGGACAUCACAUCUUUGGGGAAAACCUUUAAAAGCCAUACAAGCUGUGAACUCACUCUGGCAUACGUUUGUCUAAAACUGUUAUAUAUAAUGGGUGAUGUCUUCCAAUGCAUGAUUGACAUCAAACAUAGUGAAUUGGUUAACAAUUGUCGAUUUGUCACAAGUAUAGAAAGAUAGCAUGCCAGCAUUAAAUAUUGCAUCAAUAAAUUAGCUAA